AUGGCGUCUGCCCGUCUCCAGCUCCUGGCGUUCGUCCUGGCCCUGUCCGGAGCGUCCGGAGUGCUCACGGCCACCCUGCUGCCCAACUGGAAGGUGAACGUGGACGCGGGCUCCAACAUCAUCACCGCGGUGGUGCAGCUGCAGGGGCUGUGGAUGGACUGCACGUGGUACAGCACCGGGAUGUUCAGCUGCACCCUCAAGUUCUCCGUUCUGUCCCUCCCCGUCCACGUGCAGGCCGCACGGGCCACCACGGUCCUGGCCUGCGUCCUGGCCGCGCUGGGGAUCUGCGCUUCCACAGUGGGGAUGAAAUGCACUCGCUUAGGAGGGGACGGGGACACGAAGAGGCACGCGGCCUUGGCGGGAGGAGUCUGUUUCCUGUGUGCGGGCGUCUCUGGUUUAAUCCCGACAGUGUGGUACAUGAGGGAGAUCGUCGCAAACUUCCUGGACCUGACGGUGCCGGAAAGCAACAAACAUGAACCCGGAGGAGCCGUCUACAUCGGGUUCAUUUCGGCCAUGCUGCUGUUGAUCGCUGGCAUGAUUUUCUGCAUGUCCUGCAUGAAACAGACUCCAGAGGCCUGGCUCCAUCCCGCCAAGCGGCAGCAGGCCUUGACCACACAGCCAGAGGGCAAUUCGGCGGAGUACCACCUCAAAGACUACGUGUAAAUGACUGUGUGAUGCAUAGGGCAGUUUUAGGUGCCUGCUGCGGCUUCUGUCUUUUCAUUUUAGAAAAAAAAAUACAGUGGAGGUCGUUUAAAAUGCCAACAAACUAUCGUGUACGAUUAGAGCUAUUUUAAGAUUAUUUUUCCAUUUCUUUUCUCAUGUUUUAUCUAGUGGUUUAACCUAAAAGAGGUUAUAUAAGAUAAUUAAUU